AGUAAUGGUUCACUGCACAUGCAAGGCUUGAUGUGAAGAGAUAGAGCCGAGAGCCAACUGAGAGUUUUGCUUCUCUUUUUACUUGUUAAUGGUGCAAAUGGAACCCAAAUGGCUGGUUGUGUUGGUAGUGAUUCUGGGGUUAAAUUGGUUAGCAGAAACCCAAGAAGGAUUGAAAACCGGGUUUUACUCUUCUUCAUGCCCAAAGGCUGAGGCCAUAGUCAGGUCUACUGUUGAAUCUCACUUCAACAAGGAUCCUACAAUUGCAGCUGGUGUUCUCAGGCUUCAUUUCCAUGAUUGCUUUGUUCAGGGCUGCGAUGGUUCGGUACUGAUAACUGGGGCUUCUGCUGAGAGAAAUGCAUUGCCCAACCUAGGAUUAAGAGGAUUCGAUGUGAUAGACGACGCCAAAACUCAACUGGAGGCCUCGUGCCCCGGGGUGGUAUCAUGUGCUGAUAUACUAGCACUAGCUGCUCGCGAUGCUGUAGACUUGAGUGAUGGUCCAAGUUGGUCAGUGCCCACAGGAAGACGAGAUGGGAGGAUCUCUUCCUCCUCGGAAGCCUCAAACUUACCUUCUCCUGCUGAUUCUAUUGCUGUCCAAAGACAGAAGUUUGCUGCCAAAGGCCUCGACAAUCAUGACCUUGUAACACUAGUUGGGGCACAUACCAUUGGGCAAACGGGCUGUUUGUUCUUCCGAUACCGUCUCUACAACUUCACACCAACGGGAAAUGCAGACCCAACAAUAAACCAAGCAUUUCUUGCUCAGCUGCAAGCCCUUUGUCCUAAAGAUGGCGAUGGCUCCAAAAGGGUGGCACUGGAUAAAGAUAGCCAGACCAAAUUCGAUGUCAGUUUCUUCAAGAAUGUGCGGGCUGGGAAUGGAGUUCUCGAGUCAGAUCAAAGGCUUUUAGGAGAUGGCGAAACCCAGAGGAUCGUUCAGAAUUAUGCUGGCAGCGUACGAGGCUUACUGGGGGUUAGAUUUGAUUUCGAGUUUCCAAAAGCCAUGAUUAAAAUGAGUAGCAUCGAGGUGAAGACCGGGGCACAAGGAGAGAUUCGAAAGAUAUGCUCAAAGUUCAAUUAAUCCAUCAAAUCAAAUCAAAUAGAAUAAUAAAAGGUUACAGUGUGUAUACAUAUGAUAAUAAAAGUUGGUCAUACGUAUAUAUCCAGAGGAGCCAUGGACCAGGCCAAGGGGGGAGCCCUGACUCGCCCACUUCCAAAUGGGUCCGGCUAUACAAAUAACAAACAUGCAAUCAUGGGUAUCCUUUUCCACUUUCUAUUAAUAAAAGUAGGUGCAGUUUCCGGUGUC